AUGCAUAAUAAUGAGAAGAAAGCUACUCGUCGUCUUGUCUUUCUUGAUAGUCUUCUCGCUCAAAUGAAUUCCGAACAACUCUCGUUAGACGAUAUUCAAGAAGAAGUCGAUACGUUCAUGUUCGAAGGACAUGAUACAACAGCAGCCGCUGUCAAUUUUACCUGCUAUUUAAUUGGAUCUAAUCCAGAUGUCCAAGCAAAAGUUCAUGAGGAAAUAGAUGCUAUCUUUUCUGAUGACAAAGAGAGACCAUGCACAAUGGAAGAUGCACAAAGAAUGGUCUAUCUCGAUGCUGUCAUCAAAGAAUCUAUGCGUGUUCUUCCACCAGUUCCGUUCGUUAUGCGAGAAGCACAAGAAGAUUUUAUUUGCAAUGGUCAAACGAUUCGAAAGGGCACCACUUUAUAUAUUUUCAUUUAUGGUGCUCAUUAUGACUCAAAUGCAUUUCCUCAACCAGAACGAUUUGAUCCUGAUCGUUUUUAUAAAAGCUCAGUAGCACAUGAAGAACGCUCGCCAUAUGCCUUUGUUCCAUUCUCGGCUGGAUCUCGCAACUGCAUUGGUCAGUCUCUUUCUCCUUCUUGCUUACAUCAAUGA